GUCACGUCUGCGCGCCUCCACCACCGAGCUCAUUAUUAACACUAAUCACCGCAGCACGUCAGAGUGCGAAGGCGGAAGGUUUCUCCCCGUGCGUGACGCGGUGUUGCGUGGCGGACUCUCCCCUGAUCCACGGGAAUUCUCUGAUGACACGCCCCCAUCCGGCGGGGGGAGGAGGGGGGAGAGGAGGAGCAGCGUGAGUUUCCGCCUCUCCUCCCAGUUUCAGCACCUGUGUGACCGCAGAACAAGCCGUUGCUGCCGCUUCUUCUCCAGCCGGGCCUCCUGUUUGCCUCGGUAGGUUUGGUUCUGUUCGGCUCGGACUUUCUCCUCCCUCCUGCGGAUCCCGAAACGGCCGCCUGUUCAUGCGCAUCUCACCGCAGUUCCGCACCGGAACGCUGCGGAACGGGAUCAGGAGGCUCCAGCCUGCGGAGCAGCAGCGGACAUGCCUGAGUCGGACCAAUGCCAGCUCCGGGUUUGGUUUGGGAAGCGGGAUUACCCUGAGAGCUAAAUGACUUGUUGCAGGAAGAGAGAGAAGUUGGUUUUAUUAGUUUUUCUGUCUGAGGUGAGUCCGCUUUUUGCCUCCAAACAAACUGAAAGUGACUCCAGCAGCUGACUAGAUGAGCACAGGAGCAUUUCUUUCUUUCUGAUCUCAAACCUCAGCACUUCCUUCACAGUUUUACGCAUUUGGUGCGUAAAACUCUGCUCUCUGGGUGACCCGGAGGUCUUGGCUCCAUUUUUUCGCCCCCGGAUGUCCUAUUGUUGCUCCGCAGCUCUUUGAACUCCCUGCCGAACCUCCGCAGAGCUCCGGGCCAGCAUGGCAGCAGGAGUCGCAUCGUGGCUGCCGUUCGCCCGCGCCGCGGCCAUCGGGUGGAUGCCGGUGGCCAGCGCGCCCAUGCCGGUGCCUCCGAAGGCGAAGCAACGCGGCCGGGACGGACUAAUCGUGCUCAAUGUGAGCGGCACGAAGUUCCAGACGUGGCGGGACACGCUGGAGCGGUAUCCGGACACCCUGCUGGGCAGCUCGGAGCGGGACUUCUUCUUCCAUGAGGAGAGCAAAGAGUACUUCUUCGACCGCGACCCGGACAUCUUCCGGCACGUCCUGAACUUUUAUCGCACCGGGAAGCUGCACUACCCGCGCCAGGAGUGCAUCUCCGCUUACGACGAGGAGCUGGCCUUCUUCGGGAUUAUCCCGGAGAUCAUUGGGGACUGCUGCUACGAGGACUACAAGGAUCGUCGGCGGGAGAACCAGGAGCGCAUCCAGGACGACGAGGAGAACGAUCACACCAACGACCUGGUGUCCCCAGACGCGAGCUUCCGUGAGACCAUGUGGCGCGCCUUCGAGAACCCGCAUACCUCCACCAUGGCGCUGGUCUUCUACUACGUCACCGGCUUCUUCAUCGCAGUAUCGGUCAUGGCGAAUGUAGUGGAGACGGUGCCAUGCGGUGCCGCGGCAAACCGCAUAAAGGUGACGUCCUGCGGGGAGCGGUACGCGCUGGCCUUCUUCUGCCUGGACACAGCGUGCGUCAUGAUCUUCACGGUGGAGUACCUGCUGCGCCUGGUGGCCGCACCAAGCCGCUACAAGUUUGUCAAGAGCGUGAUGAGCAUCAUCGACGUGGUGGCCAUCAUGCCCUACUACAUCGGCCUGGUCAUGACGGACAAUGAGGACGUGAGUGGCGCCUUUGUCACCCUACGUGUCUUCAGGGUGUUCCGGAUCUUCAAGUUCUCGCGGCACUCUGCGGGACUUCGCAUCCUGGGCUACACGCUGAAGAGCUGCGCGUCUGAGCUGGGCUUCCUGCUCUUCUCCCUCACCAUGGCCAUCAUCAUCUUCGCCACCGUCAUGUUCUAUGCUGAGAAGGGCUCUGGCAGCAAGUUCACCAGCAUCCCUGCUGCUUUCUGGUACACCAUCGUUACCAUGACAACGCUGGGAUACGGUGACAUGGUACCAAAGACCAUCAUAGGGAAGAUCUUCGGCUCCAUCUGCUCCCUCAGCGGCGUGUUGGUUAUCGCCCUGCCGGUGCCCGUCAUUGUUUCCAACUUCAGCCGGAUCUACCAUCAGAGCCAGAGAGCUGAGAAGAGGCGAGCACAGAAGGCAUCCAAAGAAGCCGGCCAGGCGCUGGUGUGUAAGAUCAACGCGAAAUUUGAUCUGCAGCAUCACCACCUGCUGAAAUGUCUGGAGAAAACAACGAACCAUGAGUUUGUUGAUGAGAAGUCGUACGAGUCAAGCUGCAGGGAGUUAAGUCCAGUAAAGCAGCUGUCUCAGUCUUCUUCCAUCUCCUCCUCCUCGUCUCAUGGCUUCUCCUGCUGCGGGCGCAAGAGGAGGAAGACCUUCAACGUCCCGAACUCCAACAUGUCUCUCGGUUUGCAGGGCAGCCUCCAGGAGCUGAGCACCAUCCAAAUCAGGGAACGACCAAUCACCAACAGUCGAUCCAGCCGAUCCAGUCUGAAUGCCAAAUUCAAGGAGACACUCCCUCUGAACUGCGAGCAGCCGUACCUCUCCCCGGCUGUCAUCAGCAUUCCCACACCCGGAACCACGCCAGAAGGAGACCAAUCCUCCAGUUCCUACGACUACUCCCAGGCCAACAUCGUUCGGGUUUCAGCUCUUUAGAGUCCAUCCGGCCUCCCUUCCCUCCAAACUGCUGCUUCCUGUGCCGAAGGGCUGGGCUCCGACUGAGAGAGCAGGGACUGAUGAUGGAAGAUGGUGCCAGUGAGGAACAUCUCUAUCACUGAUUGGGGAUGGGAUAACAUUCUUCUCCUGCAUUUCCCCUUGGAAGGAUCUUCACCCCCUGAUGAAACAUUCAGCUUGGCUAAUUGACGGUCUCUGUGUGUUACAGGAGAACCAACCACAUCAGCAUUAAUGUUCUGCAGUCCUGAAACCCAAAUCAUGCUUUAUUUAUUCUGAACACUAGAAGACCUGCUGCUUCAGGUUUGAUUGGAUUUAGAGAGAACAUGUGGUGAAUCGGGUUCUUCAGCACAAAAACUGGAAGUAGAAACAAUCCAGUUACACAUAAACAAACAAGAACUUACAGAUCUCAUGGUUUUACUGUUUCUGACUUCAGGCCAAACUAGGUUGGAGGCCAUAAUGCUGGUAUCACAGUGCUAGGUGGACAGUUUUUCCAGGGAUUUUACUGGGAUAUCCCACUGAGUCAUGUGGUCCAAGGUGGACCUGAGAUACCCCAUGAUAACCAAACAUGUUCCUCAUGUUGUUCUCUACUGAAAACACAUCUCCAACACUAAACACAUCCAGCCAUUCUGACAUCAUCCUUGAUCUCUAAGAGGGUGUUCUCUGUUAUUCCCCCUGGAACCACAAACCAAAGUCCUUGGAGCUAAUUUUCUUUGAUAAAUGGAGCAGAAAACUCUUCUUUCAUCUCAUUUCUACAUUUAAAAAGAAAAUGGUGUGGGUGUAGCGGUACAUCUGUCAGGCCUAAACCAUCCAGCUCAGACAUCACAGUUUGGAGAAACCAAUUCAACAACCAGUAGAUCAGUCACAUGCAAACAUCACUCAUGCACCAGCUCAUUUAUCUCCUGGAGUAUUUCCUUUCAGACCUACGGCCGAACAUCUAACUAUAAACACAACCUUCACAAUAGUCUUCUAUUUGUUUUCCCUUUUGCAAGAACUUGGAUUGUCAGAAAUCCAAGCAGCAACAGGUUUUUAAAGCAGUGUUGAGUCUAAACCAAAAACCUUGGAUGGUCUAAAGCACCCCACACCAAAGCAAUACAGGGAUGGCUGUUAAACAUGCGCCAUAGGACUUUAAAGAUGGCUGUUGGCUUCAAAAGUGAACACGGCCCUGUAAACAUGUCAGGUGUUUGUCAUGUAAGGAAAGGCCACCAUGAAAAAACAUUCAAAGGCCUUAUCUUACCACUAUGAACCUCUUUCAAUGUCAUGCUGUUUCUGGCCAAGGAAUGUGAUUUUGAGUCCACAGGUGUUUCUUAAAAACCAACACACUCUUUAAGAAAAUGGAAUAAAUAGGGAAAGAGAAGUAGCUGAAAAUGUAUGUCUAAUCACCACCAGGAGGCAGGGUAAAGGGAAAGGAGGGCUUCACUUUCCCUGUGGGAGUUUAAUUGCUUUCUGCUAGAAAGUAAACAAUGCGUAGAACCACAUCUAGCACAGAGCAGGGAUUGUCUUUCAGAGACACAAGGAGUAAUAAGGAGGAUGUUAAUGUUGUUGUCUGGACACAUGAGGGGGUGUUUGAGCCCCAAAACCUAGAAGAUUCAGCUGACUGAGCAGCUGUCUCCUGGUUUAGUUUCACUUUUAUUGUCACAGAGAACUGUCAGCAGUCUAGCAGCCUGAUGGGAGGAGAAGAGUGACCUGUAGUCUGGAGGUCCUGCAGACCAGAUUUUUAUGUUUUCACUGGUAGGAUGUUUGGUUGUUAUGUGAAAAGACGUGAGCAUUUUGUAGGUUCAUUUGCUGUGGUGUCUUUAUGUUUUGCAAAUUUAUUAUAAUUUUAAUCUUUUUACUGAUGCAUGCUAAUAUAAACAAACAGCUGAGUCAUCUGGAUCAGCAACGGUAUCAACAGCCUGCUCCUAAACUCUAAUUUAUGACCAGGAAGGGGCUGAGAAAAUGAUUAUGAUUAUUAUAGAAAUGAGACUUACUGGAUAACAGCGCUGCAUUUUCUCCUGCUGAUGCGCCUCCAUGUCACGUGCCACCCUGUCCCUUCAUGGAAAUGUUUGUUUCCAUGGUAACAGGAUUGGACAGAGAUUGUUUAAGUCUGUUGUAGCAUGUUUGUCUGCUUAACAUGGAUUUGUGGAGCAUCUGAGCUAAACCCAGACGAGAUGCUGGAAUCUUUGGGGUACCGCUUCGCUAUCAGGACACAGGUUCUGAUCGGUUUGUUAACGUUCAGACGAUUCUUUAAAGGUUCCAACAAAAACUCGGCAGCAGAACAUUUUGGGUUAUUUCCAACAAACGCAAGUAAACUAAAAACUAUAUUUGUCACGGCUGAUAAUGAGAAAAAUCAAAACCUGUGACAUAGGUUGGGUCGUCAUACGACAAUUUUUUCCGUACAUGGUACGGACCAACAUUUUCACCAUCCGGCUCCAAAUACAAUGAAAAUGUGUUUAUGAUGAUUAUUUUUGUCCAAACUGAGGUCAGGGAGAAAAAACAGGUUCAGAAACACAAACAUUCACCUACUCCUGGAUGAUAAUGAGAUGUUUCUGGGACAGAAGGGAUGUAUGGUCCCGACAGAGAGCUUUGGGUCUGGCCUGGGGUUCUCCAGAACCAUGUUGAAGCACCUUUUCAUUCAGUUUCAGCUUUCAGUUUUCUUUGCUGGGACUCUGUCAUCAAUAAUCCUGGCCUGAAAAUGUUCAGCCAUCCUGUAAAAGAUUCCACCCACCUUCACAAAACCUCUGGUCUUUCUGAAGAAGCUCCGGAGCAUGAUGCUGCCACCAACGUGUUUCCCUGUGGUUAUGUGGGAAAGGCCCGAGAGCUUCUGUCUUCCAACCUUGCAUCCUUGCAUGUAGAACACAACCAGAACAAACCAGAUGUUCCUGCACCUCUUUCCGUGGUGCUGUGUGCUGCUUGCCUGUCUGCAAACCAUGGCUUCAGCUGAAGAAAUUAAAUGUCUGAGCAGGACAGCUUAACCUCAGGUCCAUCAGAUUGACAAUCAGGUGUGAACAACAGAGGACCGAUUGUUGAAACUAAAUCAUAAGCUACUUUAACAAAGGUUUGCAGGUUAUUUUAUUUGCCCCUCUAACAGGUUUGUUUGUCCUGCAAACCAUCUGGCUGAUCCUGGUCUCGGUUCUGACCGGACAUAAACCUGCCAUUUUAUCAGGGCUGACGUCUGAGAUCCAGUACAUGGCUUGGAGAUAAAUCCUGCCUUGCUGUUCAGACACCGGUCCACUGCUGUAGAACCUACUUGUUUUUGGGAUUUAAUUCUUUAUUUAAGCUAAUUUAGUUGUAAUUCUGUUUAUUUAAUCUGUCCUUGUUUAACUUUUAAUUAGUUUAUUCCUUUUUUAUAUUUUAAGCUGAAUUUAUUCAUCAGGUGAUGUGACCUAUACCACUGUCUGCAGCCAUUAACCUGUGGACGGCUGGCUGGAGAUCCAGCGUAGUUCUCCAGGACUGCGAUCUGCAGUGUGAUGGUUCUGAACCAGAAAGCUAAUAACAUGUGGAGGAUGGAGGUUUUAGAAACAGCUUCUAUGUUGGGUUUAAAGAACGGGCUCUGGUCAAAGAUCACACCACAGUUUCAGUUAAUGCCACUCAGAGUAGCUAUCCAUCAAGUUUUUAUAUCUUCAUGACAGGCCCAUAGUCUAAUUAACUUAUGGAUUCAUCAGGAUUUAUGGAUAAAUAAAGCUGAGUAUCAUCAACAUGCUGAUGCAACUUUAUCCCAUGCCUCAGGCCCAAAGGUUCUCCAAAUAUUCAGACAUCUUGAAUUUCUUAACGUCUUAAAUUUCUACGAGUUUUUUAUUUUGAGAAAACUGCUCAUCUGUUCCACAUGUAGUUCUGGAAAAUGAAUUGAGGUUUUAUUACCCAGUUACAAACUCCACAGCCCAUGAUGCAGUGUAGCAGACAAGAAGUGUUUGCUACAACCAGUUCUGCUCCAGAAACGGUUCUCCCUCAUCAUGGGAGGACAUAUAUUUACCAAGGUUGCCUGGGUCUCAGUAGUCAGUCACAGUAACGCUGUGAUGAAGGUGUUAAAGUCAGGUAACCUCUGUAUAAAAGCAACAAAUUCAAGACAGAGCUGGAAACUUCAAACAAGUUAUAUUUACCUUCCUUUAACUCCUAAUGUACAUAUGAGUUAUUAGGUUAUUGUUAAUGUUUUUAUCUAAUUCAUGUUAAGUCUGUAAAAGCUGAGGGACUUUUAAUGUCUUAAAUAUUAAGUUGCAGAAACCCUGCUGAAGACUUCUUCUGAACAUGAACAAACCUGAUCUAAACCAGUCUAGUCCUGAUGGUCCGGAUGAUUUCCGCAGGAUGUUCUAGCUUCUGUAGGAGAACGGUGUGAUCCAUUGAGGUCUAACAGUGCAGACAAAGACACAUCAGAGAGCUAAAGGUACACCUGGCUCAACAGAGUUAGGACUCGCUCCAUCAGCUUUCCAACAUCAAAAUGAAACUCCAAGUGACAGCAGGUGAUGUUCAGCAACAAGUAAGAGGGUUUCUCUGGGUUCCUCUCUGACAGAACUUCUAAGAGUGGAGGUAUCAGGAACUUAAGGAUCUGCAGCUGAUCUGUUAACCUGAUGGAGGAGAGCUGCCAGUCUUCCCUCUGCUGGAUAAGAAAGACACAUUAAGGUGCAGGUUGGUCCAGAUGGAUCAUCCAGAAUUCAUUGAGCUUAUCACUGAUGAACCUUUGUGAUUUUUGAUACAGAGAAGAUGUUCUUUUUUGUAAACCAAACAAACUGAAACAUUUUGUUGGUCAUCUCUGGGGUGGAUGUGUGGACCUUGAUUCUCUACAGAUGAAUGGAAUGAUCGAGUGCAGAAGAUGAGGAUUUAACCUCAGCAUCAGUUCAUGCCUGAACUUCUCUCAGAGCAGAUGUUUUAGUAUUUUUAAAGUUAAUGAUCAAAUGACCAACCUUCAUUCUCCACCAUUGCUUGACUUUAAUGUAAUGCUUGCAGCCAGGCUGUUUCUGGUUACCUCCUCUGGUUUGUAUUUAGGGACUCCAGCAGCUCAGACAAACAUCUUUCUGGCUGUAAAACAAAGACCUGAGUUAUUCUCAUUGUUCCCAGUGAUCAUAUGAUGUAAUUUUUCUUUGGUGUAGUCGGUUAUUUCCUAUUUUUUCAAUGAUUCCCAUGAGAAUUUGAUGCAUUCUAUUCCACAUGAUAUUUUUCUAAAGCCAUGCAUGUGAAUGGAGCUGACACAGAAAUGAUUAUUUAUCUGUACAAUAAAGAGGAUUAUUAUCACA